AAGCUUGAAUCUCUUCAAGGUUUUUCAGAACGCCGCGGAACAACAACAUCCGUAACGUCACUUCCGCUCACUGUCCGUCAAACAUGGCGCUGCUUCUAAGGACGUUGGGACGUCAGAGUGUCUGUCUCUCCAAACCCCAGUACAGUGUCUUGUACAGACAUGUGGCUCCAAUGGGAUCCACAGCCAAGGAGGAGAUGAACAAGUUUUGGGACAAAAAUUCGAGAUUAAACCGACCCAUGUCUCCCCAUGUCACCAUCUACAAGUGGUCUGUCCCCAUGAUGAUGUCCAUCACGCACAGAGGAACUGGAAUUGGGCUCAGUGGAGCUAUCUCAGCAUUUGCGGUGGCAGCGCUGGUUUUGCCAGGGAGCUACCCCUACUACCUGGAUUUAAUCCACUCACUGUCCAUUGGUCCAUUUCUCACUGGGCUGGCCAAAUUCGGGAUUGCCUUCCCAGUAUCUUACCACACCUAUAACGGCAUCCGCCACUUGGGCUGGGAUAUGGGCAAAGGCUUCAAAAUUCCAGAGGUCUACCGCACCGGCUACACAGUCAUUGGUCUGUCCGUCAUCACGUCAAUAGCUCUGCUCAUGAUCUGAGCUCAGGACCAGACGUGAUGAACAGAGCGAGUUAAAGUGAACGUGAACUGGAUUUCACUGUGGGAGUUUUGUUUUGUGUAUAUGUACCGUGGCCUAAUGCAGACUUAUGUCAUCAAAGUGUUCAAUAAAGGAUUAUGUUAUUCUAAAUUUAGAAA